GCUCGCGGAGCGCACACCGUGGCGUAUCCAUCGGCGCGCGUUUCAAACAGAAACCUCAAGUCAAACUUCCAACUCUGCCGAACACUCCUCGUUCCGGAGAGUUACGUUUCUCGUCUCUCUGUCCGAUCGUUCGUUACACAGUGACUCCCUGGAUAACUGCUCCGAGGACCUCUCGUGCGGAAUGUGUGGAGAGUUUCGUUCACGAAAUGCGCGCCAGAAGUCCCUCCAAAUACGCUCCCCCGACGCGAUGAGGUGGUGAAUCCGUUCGUGUGUUGUGACCAUCGGGUAAAUCACCCUGAGGCUUGAUACGAGGUGCUAGCUUCUGGUUUGAGACAGUGAACUUGGAUCGAUGCUGCUUGUACAUUCACUUUGAAUAUGACUCCCGCGUGUUGACGCGUGCGCUAUUACGAACACCGCGGAUCACUCGACUGCGAAUCAGUAAAAAUUAGAACCAGGAGGAAUGUUGAAGCACGUGUCGGUCUCGCCGUGGAGAGGGCGAUCGGACAGCGUGAGUCUCUCUUCCAGCGGCGGGGCGAGUAGCUGCGGAAGCGGAAGUCCUACCCCUGGUCACACACCACCACCCUCGAGAGCGUCCUCAUGCGCUUCCCUAGCACCUCUAACCGCCCUGUCGAGCUUUUCACCGGCCGAUAACGCACCCCAACAGACGACCAUCAAGGUCUACGCCAACUGUCUGCGGCCGGACAUCGAGUAUAAGACUUUGAGCAUCACCUACGAGACAACCUGUCGCGAAGUCGUGCAAAACCUCUUGAACAAAUACCGUAUGAGGCACCGUGAUCCUCGAUUGUUUUACCUAACUAUGGAAGUGACCGUGAGAAGGGCCAAUGUACGCACCAUCAUACCGCUCGACGAGGACUCACGGCCAGCCGUCCUGCAAUCCUGCCAUCCUCGCGGCGAUUCCAAGUUUUCGUUGCAGACGCGCCGUGGCGGACUCGUCAAAAUAUACGACAGCGCACUCAUGUCCGGGUCUAAGUACAAGAGCCUUCUGGUCUCGGAGCAGACCACCGUAGACGAGUUGAUCCAGAUGCUGCUGAGUUGCUACAGCUCCAAGGAACCAGUGGAGCAGUUCUCUCUCUACGAGGUCUGUGAAGGUGAAGAGUACCAGAGGAAAUUACACCCCGACGACUCCCCGCUCAAGGUUACGCAACGGUGGACUAGUGUGGAUCGACACCUUCGUAUUAGACGCAAUCCAGAUUACAAUCCACACAGGCGGAAGAGCAUGUGGGCGUCGGAUUCGAGCAUCACCAUGGCGAUGUCGAGACUGAAUCUCCAUGACGAUCUUCCCAACUAUAACGCCAGGCUCGACAAUAACAAUCACCUGAGCCUGCAUCACCUCGCCGGGAAAGUCACCGCUAUCAAUAAGAGCAACAACAACAACAACAACAUCAUCCAUCGGGAUCAACAUCACACGUCGCUGGGCUCCAUCAGUCAGAUGCCGCGGAUUGUCGUACCUCACGCCGCGGAUCUUCCGCAGGUGCAACUGCCGCGGGUGCAGCAACUCCCGCAGAGCGUCCCGUCGACGCCGCUCUCGUCGAAACACGUGACUGCCUCUUCCUACGCCGAUUACGAGAAUUAUCUCUUUAUAUGAGGACCGUUUAAUCGUUCACGAGCUUGCAUCGGGCGCGAUCGAAGACGGAGAAAAUCGGUCGCGCAUGUUCACCUCGCAAAAUGGUCAGAGUUACCAGGGAUUCGUUGGUGGUGCAACAUGCGUCAGUGCUAUUUGAUUAUUCUUCAUGCGUAACUUUCGGACGUCGAAUAUUACGAAUACUCUGAGACGUGAUUAAUGCUGCAAAUUCUAAGCAAAUUUGUAAAUACAUCGUAAAAUCGUAAAAUCGUAGCUUACGAAGCAUUCGUAAGAAUCUGAUUUUUCACGCUUUACGUGACGGUUUUACUUAAAUUGCAAUUAUGUAUUACGAUUUGCACCACUUAUCGUUACAUGUUCAUGAUUAUGAUGAGCGGCUAAUUUCAAAUAUAACAUGUCAUAUGAAAGUCAUCAACUUAUUUGCAGAUUCAAGUGAUUGGUUUUUUUUUUUUAAUAUGAAAUAUGCCAAUUUUUAUGAUUUAUAUAUCAUUAAAAAAUUUUUUAUUCAUAUUUUGGGUCGGGUGAAUAUUUUGGGUCGGUUGAAAAUUUGUUAAGCUUGUUAUUAGUUAUUAGUUGUGCUCGUAAGCUCACACACGAACUGUAACUUGACAAGCAGCUUCACAGUUGGCUGUAAAAUUUACGAAAAGUCGUAAAUAUUUAUAAGUGAUCGUACGUCUUACGAUACACAUAGAAUUACAGUUCCAAUCAUAAGUUAUUACGAAUCUUACGGAAAUAAGUUACGAGUCUUACGAUUUUACUUAGAAUUGCGCAAUAUAAAUGUAUAUCUUUGAAAGAUAGUACAAAAGGAUUGGUGCCUUUGGUGUGAAAUAAUUUUGCUUAAUUCUUGCUUGAUCCGAUCAAUCUCGCUACGAUGACACGCGAGGAAAUGUUUAUUUCUUUAUUAAGAGGAUCUGCGUGCAUCGAAGAAGGAUCAUUUUCGAUCGGACAUCACGAUGUUCGAUUGAUAAUUGAAUGAACGCACGAAACGCAUUUGUACUUGCCGAUGAUCUUUCUUCCAACUGCAUUUCAUUAUGUCCGUUAUAGUAGUGUGGUAUUCUAAAUGAAAUUCAACGGGAAUUUCCGACAAACUUCUGAAUAUUCAAACGCUCGUUUGACGCUUGCGUCUCGGCUGAUGGAAGGCCGCGAUAACACUGAACAAAGAGAAUUUACGAUAUUAGUUAGUAGUGAGGGAAAUUGUACCAAAGGUAGACGUACGUAAUAUAUAUAUAUAUAUACAUAUACAUAUACAUGUAUAAAAUAUACGCCGCAUUAAAAUUUGCGGCGCUUAUAUCAAGCCUGAUUUAAAAUUUAUGUAAUUUUUAUGAACUCACAUUUUUGUCUGAUAUUCGACAGAAAGCAUCAAGCGUCGAUCACGAUGGAAACCUUGGAAAUUAAUUGUUUUUUUUUUUAUUAUAAUUGUAUAUUUUAUUAUAUAAAUUGUCAAGUGUCCUAGGAUAACGGCGAAAAUAUAAUCGCACAGUUCAAAAGUAAGACGCGCUCAAGUAGAGCGACGUAUUUGAAAUAUGUGAGCGUCAAUGAAACAAUGUAGCAUUAUUUAUUUAUGUUAAAAUGUAAAGCGUCUAGUUAAGCUCGUUUGAAAGCAAUUUUAAAUUAUUGAUAGCGCUCUCUUCUGUGCAAAAUUUCGUGCAAUCUGAGCCGACAGACUACCGAAUAUCCUCUCUGCGUGUGUAAAUACUAAUUGACGGGCGGAAAGAGAAAAACGGCAAAUAUUUAAGCAACACUCGCUGUUGUCGCAUUGAUUAGAACUCCCGUGAGAAAUAAUCGCUAUCAACAGUGCAUGUAUGUACAUAUCGUUCCUCCUAAUCACGCGUGAUUACGAAAACAAUUGAUUAAACGUUCAACCUCCUAAGCCCUCUUGUUUGCCGAUCGCAAUUCAAUUUCUUUCGCCGUCGUGAGAAACAAACAGCUUUAUCGCGUCAGAGCUAAUCAACCGUGCAGUGGUAAUGCAACAUUUGAGAUUGUGCGAAAGACUUUGAGAGUUACUAUGCGGUAAUGGCGAUUCGCGCGACUUCGUCAUUUCCGCACGGAAGGAAAUGAACGAAGAUCAGCCGUAUCUUCUCGCCACCGGGUUUCUUUAUAUCCUUCUUUGCCAAAGAGUCGGUACGAUGCGUAUAUGAAAGUGUGACACGCGCGUCGAUUAUUACGGCAGCCGAAUGUGCAUUUACAUAGAAGAAUCCUUGUUGCGUAUCUCGUCAGUGGUGGCGUGCGUCGAUGGGACGUAGUUUCGUGUCGCAACUUCCGCGUUCUCGAGCUAAUGUACCUACGUAGAGUGUAAAUACCUUUUUGUAUUAUCUCUGUUCAUAUUUUAUAAGAGAAAAUAUCGAAUAAUGAUUUAUGUGUCCUAAA